AUGUCGACGAGAAGACCAAGAAGAGAACUCAAUGGAACAAUCGAAGGGCCGGAGUCCUUGGAAUUUCUUUUAUCUAGAUUAGGAAAAGAUCGGAAAAAUCUUGAAGCGACUGGCUUUGCAUUGGACAAGGCUGUUCUGUUGUUUGUAUUGCAAAAGUGUACGUUUUUUUCAGAUGGAAUCGAGGAACAAGAAAAUGUGGUUCGGCCUAAUACAAGACAGGAAGACAAUCUUGAGUUUUAUGACACCAGUCGAUAUACUAAAAGGAAACACCACUCCACCAGCUUGUCUAUACAAUCACAAUGUUCUGGCUGUUAUCUUCUCGUCUGCGUUUUAGUGGGAGCACAAGGAGCUGGACUUACGAAUGAGUUGUUCUUGCCUUCUGGUGCCGUUAUGGUGCGAGUAGAAUUACAAGAUAACUAUCCAAAUCUUCUAGCAGCUUGGCUUGAACAAGUCAGAAUAUGUGAAUAUAUCAGGUUGCUGGUUAUCCAACUAGUGGAGAUGGAGAAAGAGCCUCGGAAACUCGUUUUUCGUUCGGCUCCAGUUAUCUUCCUACUUGUCCUUUCUUUGGUGUAUAUUGAUCUUUUUUGGGCCAAUUUUAUUUCGUUUGAUCAAUGGAAGAAAUACAGGUCUUAUUCAGAAUCCAUUUUCAACAAUAGUAAGAUCUUGAAUGAAACACUUAAGCAGAACUCCCUGGAUUUUCUGUUUUCAAGCCUCCUGGCAGGGGAAGAUCGGUCGAAGCUCAAAGCUACGGGAUUUGCAUGUAAUACGGCUGUUUAUUCGAUUCAUUGUGUCACGAAUCAACCAGUGAGGAUUGACACAAGAACCAUGACAGUUUAUAUUCCCUCUGAUCAGCCUGUGCAAGAAACUGUGAUUAAGCCAUAUGCUAGGCAAGAAGAUCAUAAUCUUCUCAAAAUUGUGACACCGGUCAAGAUUAUGCACGGUAACACUACACCACCAGUUUGUCAACACAACCACGAAAUCCCUGCUGUGAUCUUCUCAUCUAGUGGUUUUGUGGGCAAUGUGUUCCAUGAAAUUAAUGAAAUCAUCAUCCCUUUGUAUAUUACGAGUAAAAACUUACGAUCCCGCGUUUUGUUCAUCCUUGAGGACUACAAGCCGUCAUUUCUAAGCAAAUAUAGCAAGGUGAUCUCUCGUUUAUCGUCCUAUGAGGUGAUGAAUCCGGCUGCAGAUCAAAGUGUGCAUUGUUUUCCUGGAGUUGUAGUCGGACUUAAGUUUCACGGCCAUCUGUCUUUGAAUUCGAGUGAUGUCCCUAAAGGCCAUUCAAUGCAUGAGUUAAGGCAGUUUCUCCGACAAGCAUUUAAUCUCAAGUUUAGCCAUGUAUCUCAGAUCAAAAGGCCAACGUUAAUGCUUUUAUCUCGUAGAACAACAAGAAGAUUCUUGAACGAAGAUGAGAUGGUUGCAAUGAUGGAAGAGUUGGGCUUUCAUGUAAUUCUUGUUGCAAGAGCAAAAGUUGUAUCGAAUUUGAACAUAUUCGCCAAUCUGAUAAACUCGUGCAAGGUAUUCGUGGCAGCACAUGGUGCUGGCCUAACAAAUGAGUUGUUCUUGCCUGAUGGUGCAGUCAUGGUUCAAGUUGAUCUGGUUGGCCUAGAAUGGGCAGGGGCUACCUAUUAUGGCAACCCGGCUCGUGCAAUGGGCGUGCAUUACUUGCGAUAUAAGAUCAAACCCGAGGAGAGUUCACUUUUGAAAGUCUUUGGACGAAAUCAUACAGUCAUGACAGAUCCCAGAUCUGUCCACGACCCAUUAGGCAAGGAAGCGUAUCUUAACGGUCAAAAUGUAAGAAUCAAUCUUGCAAGGUUUCGGGAGACAUUAGUCGAAGCACUUAGUCUUGUUGGAGAUUCGACUCUAUGA